CAAACGGGGAUUAUUUUUGUUUGUGUUUCUCCGUCUGCGGCUGUUUCCACGUCACUUCUUAGAUUUUUCCAUAAAAUUUGUUAAUAUUUCACUAAAAACCUGAGCGCAUUGUAGUAUUUCAUCCAGGUGCUUAUUCGUAUAUAGACUAUUGUUAAGCUAGCUGCAGAAUGAGUCGCCAAUCGAACGAGGUCGACGAGUUGUUCGACGUUAAAAAUUCCUUCUACAUCGGCAACUACCAACAUUGUAUUAACGAGGCACAGAAGAUUACUAAACCUUCAAUUGAGAAGGAUACAUACCUGUAUCGAGCAUAUAUUGCCCAGCGUAAUUAUCGAGUGGUGUUGGACGGAAUUCGACCAAACAGCGACAAUCCGCUACUUCCGUUGCGUUACUUGGCAGAAUACUUGUCAGAAAAAUCUCGUCGGGAGGCGAUCGUCAGCCUGUUCGAUGACAAGUUUAAAGGAGAUAUCAGUGAGUUGGACGUAACGUGGAUCGUUGUUGGAUCUAUUAUUUACUGUAAUGAAAGAAUCUAUGAAUCGGCUCUAAAGAUUUUGCAAGGUAAUUUCAAUCUGGAGUGUCUAUCGUUGCAACUGCAAUGUCUUCUGCACAUGUCCCGAGUAGACUUAGCUAAACAGGUGUUACAAACCAUGCAAGAAAAAGAUGAUGAUGCAACGCUAACGCAACUGUCCCAGGCGUGGCUGAAUAUUCAACUGGGAGGAGAAAAGCUUCAAGAUGCAUUUUUCAUUUUCCAGGAUUUCUGCGAUAAAUUCUCUCCUUCGCUGCUCCUGCUGAACGGCCAAGCCGUUUGUUAUAUUGGUCAGCAAAAGUAUGAUGAUGCUGAGAAUGUUCUGUUGGAAUGUUUAAACCGUGAUCCAAAUAAUUACGAUACGCUAAUCAAUCUUUUGCUGUUGUCCCAACAGAAGGAGAAAAACAACAGCCAAUUCAAUCGUUAUCUGUCGCAGGUUUUGGAUCAGCACAAGGAUAGCGCUUUGUUGGCAACCUACAAUAAGAAACAGGCAGAGUUUGAUAGGCUCGUGCUUCAGUACGGACCCUCCAAUAAUAAGCCUGUUAGCGAUAUUGCCGCUUAAAUUUUUUUAGCUGGUAAGCUGUAUGUAUUCCGAAUUCAUGGUAAAAUAAAAUAAUCUACGGCAA